CUAUAUAUAAUGCCUCACGCCUUCUCUUCUUCUUCCUCACCAAAGACUACCCAAAUUCAUUUUUCCAAAACAAGAAAGAGAGACCAAGAUGAGAAGCACCAAGCAGGCGCACAACCAGAGCCGAUUCCUCAGAAUUAUCACAGUCCCCAUCAGAGCACUUGGCAAGGCCAAGGACUUUUACGUCAGAAGCAUGACGGACGUCGGCGACAAGUUCAGCUACGGAGGUAGCACCAUGUCCGGCCCCGGCGGGCAAUUCUCCAAUGGUUUACCCAAAAGCUUUAGCACGAGAUCAUCAUCGAGGACCACCCAGGGCACCGAUGACUUCUCCGAGCUGGUGAGGGCUGCGUCGGCCAGGAGCUACGGGACUCGUAUCGACGUGGACAAGUUACUUCAGGAGCAGCUGAAGAGGUCGGCGACGACGACGGCGAUGGGGUCGAGGCAAGUGUUGCCCAAGUGUGGCAGCGUGGCCAUGGGAAGAAUUGACGAGGAUGCUCCUUGUGAUUUCGAGGAGGAAGGUGAUGUCAAGAAGGACUUGUAUCCCAGAAGCAGAAGCUAUGCCGUCGGAAAGAGAAGCAUUGCGUUUGUUUAGUUAUCGUUUUCAAAACUCUGUUAGUCUCUGCAACUCUGCAAGUGUUGUUAUUAGUUCAGCUAGAUUGGUUCUCUGUGAUUGAAAUUUUCAAAGUGCUGUACAUAUAAGGUUUCUAAUAUUUGAGAAAUGGCAUGGCCGGAGUGAUUUGUUUUUA